GUCUACAAAUCGAUACAAAUAAAGGACGAUUAUCUAGCAAUAAUGCUAACAUCCAGCGUUCUACUUACCUUUCUUAUUUACUCGACAGUAUCAACAUUCCUUGGCCAAAGAUUAAUCGAUCACAGUUCAGACGUUUUCUACGAGGCAUACAAUUCGUAUUGGUACAGAAUCCCCCUCGAAGCUCAAAAAAUGUAUUUGAUGAUUUUGCGGCGAAGUUUAAAGAGCUGCUCCUAUUCCAAGGGUAAUUUGUUCAACUUGUCGUUUGAGGGUCUAUGCACGGUAACACGACUGCGUUUUCUCAAUACGUCAAAA